AUUGUUACAGUAUCAAAUCCCAUUCAACCAUCUUCAUAAGAAGAACAACUUAAGUAUUUGUAUUUAGUUAAUACAGUGUGAUCCUUUUAACAUUAAAUAUUGAAUAUACAACAAUGAAGUGCUUUACAACAAUCGCUGUCUUGGCUUGCCUUUCCUUCGUCUCAGCCGAACCUCCAGUACCACAAAACAACUAUUUACCCCCCAAUCAGCAACAGCAACCCAAUAGCAAUUAUCUACCACCCUCAAACUCCUAUCAGGCACCUUCUAACAACUAUUUACCUCCCAAUCGUGGUGGUGCUGCUGGCGGCCCACAAGCUCCCUCCAACAGUUAUGGUGCUCCCGCUGUAACCGGUGCCAUUUUCCCUAAACAAGGUGGCGGUGCUGGUGGUUAUGGUGGUGGUAAUCAAAAUGGUGGUUAUGGUGCUGAAGAAAACUACGGACCUGCCAAAUACGAAUUCAAAUAUGAUGUUCAAGACUACGAAUCCGGCAAUGAUUUCGGUCAUAUGGAAUCACGUGAUGGUGAUUUAGCUGUUGGCCGUUACUAUGUACUCUUGCCCGAUGGUCGCAAACAAAUUGUCGAUUAUGAAGCUGAUCAGAACGGUUAUCGUCCCACCAUUCGUUAUGAACAAGUUAAUGGCGGUCAAGGUGCUGGUCGUGGUGGUUACAACAAUGGCGGUGGUUAUGAUAGCAAUGCACAACAACAACAAGGCAAAUUUGGUGGUUAUCAAUAAGGCUUUAGAAAGAUUUUCUUUUAAUUUAGGCUUAAAACAAAACAGAGAUUUUAUUCAUUCACAUUUAGUCGUUAUGAAUUUUGUAAUAAUUUUAGUUUUAAAAAUCACUCAUCACAAGUUAGUAGGAGAAGUAGGAAAAGCUUUCCAAACAAAAAGCUUUUCUUAAAAGAAAACUUUUCUUUUCAUUUAUGCAUACAUAUUAUACUUCUACCUCUAUCCAGAACUUUUAAAACUUUCAUAUUUUUUUUCACUUGAAUACAACAAAACAAAGCCUUAGCCUUAAGCAUUACCAAUCAACCAUUUUUCCAUCGUAACCAUCAAACUUGCCAUAAAGCUUUUUUUGUUGAAAAGAAUUUCUCUGUUCAUUGGACAACAAGAAAAGCUUUUUUGUUGUGUUUUUGUUUUUCGUUUUAACUAGUUAAUAAUUUGUUUAUAUAAAUAUAAAUAUUUUAUGCUAUCAUCA